GAGGCUUACAAGAGAUGGGUUAGAAGUAAUAGAGAUUUUGUUCGUCAACUGGGUUCCCUAAUUAAUGGAUUGACAUGGCUUCUUCCGGAUGAGUUUGGAUAUUCAGAGAUUGGGCCAGAAGCAGGUUUUGUGAAUUUUUGUAUCAUCACUUCUGGGAAUGAUGACUACCAUAAAUGAGCAUAUUAUUGAGACAACGCCAACCCGUAUGCACACACCACCUUCAGAGCCUUCUUUUCUCCCUUUGUCAUUAUGCCUGACAUUGCUGAAGGACUUGGAGACCUUGGUUGAAGUUGCAGCUGAACAACUCUGUGGAGAAGAAAAAAAAUGGAAUUUCAUUGCUAUUACUGAGGCUGUCAAGGUACUAGUUAGGUUGAUUGUGUUUAGGAAUAGUGGAUAUAAAAUGCUUUUGCUUGGUGGGGAAACUGAAAAUCCUGAAAACAAUUCUGAUGUUCCAAGACCAGAAGGAAGGAAUGGAAAGCUACAAAUGCAUAUUCCAAAUAAUGUUCGUGGGCUGAACUCAUUUAAUCUUGAAGGAAGGGCAUUAUCUGCCCUGAACAGUUUAGGUGAACAUGCUAGGAUGGUUUCUGAGCCUACAUGGUUGCGUAGGGUUCAACACCAACAAACUAUUGUUGAACCUCCACCACCAACCGUGGUGAUCAAACCUAGUCUAUCAACUUUCUUGUCUGAGAAAGGUUUUCCUGGAAGCUUAUUUGUCACAGGGGAGGUCAUGUUUGUACUAAGACCACUUAUUUAUGUAUUAUUGGUAAGGAAGUAUGGGGCUCGAUCAUGGUUUCCUUGGGUCAUUUCAUUGGCUGUCGAUGUCAUUGGAAAUGGCAUUCUCUCUUGUAUCAAUCUGUGCCCACAGAGGAGUAAAAGCCAGCAGUUUCAACUUUCCAACUCUGAGAAGGACGAGUUAAAAAGGCGGAAAUUAUUGUGGGCACUUUACCUUAUGAGAGAUCCCUUUUUCAGCACAUAUACCCGGCGAAGACUUGAAAGCACUCAAAAGCUAGUAGAACCUAUUCCUAUCGUUGGAUUUUUUACAGAAAAACUUGUUGAAUUAAUAAUUGGAUCCCAGACUCGCUACACCUAUUUCUCUGGCGCCUAAUAUGGAUACUGCAAAUGUGUAAACUCUGUUAAAAAACAAAAUGUGGUGACAUUCUAUGUGCCCUUUUUGCAGUUAAGAUUGGUUCAAUUUUGUUGUAUCCAAUAGCUGCCUGAACAAUAAUAAUCUUGCAAUGCAUCUUUUAUUUUUAUUUUUAAAUUAAUCUUUCGCCUGUUUUGACUGACCAACAUGAUGAGUAUAAUAUGAAAUUUGAACA